UUGUGAGGAUGGCUCUCGGGUUGGAUUUUACUGGCGCUGAGAUGAACACGUUUUACUCUGGACACUACUGGCCCGCCACAUGCCUGGAUAUGAACAACAACGACGAUUACGCACAGGACUCCAGUAGAGUGCAUCACGAUGCUCCCCACAGGACGCGCUCGGACACACAGCGCCGCCGGAAGCGCACUACUUUCAGCAAGGCGCAGCUGAGCGAGCUGGAGAGGGCCUUCUCUGUCACACAGUACCCGGACAUUAAAAUGAAGGAGUCUCUCGCCUCUAUCACGGGACUGCCGGAGUCUAAAAUUCAGGUCUGGUUUCAAAAUCGACGCGCGCGUUAUUUCAAGAGCAAGAAACCAAACAGAGGGUUCCCCAAAUCCUCCACAGACUACAUCCAUCCAUUCACCUACACCCCAGCUCCCAGUCCGCCUUUCUCCCAGCUGGUUCCUUCUUUCCCUCCAACUCCCAGCUUGCCGUCUCCACCAGGAUACCCUGCUCCAAGUUUACCUCAGUCCACCAGGCUCUCAACCAUUCUGGGGGGUCAGGUCAUGUCCUCGCCCGCAGCUACAUCCCCGACCUCCUGCUCCCCGCAUGGAUCGGAUCUCCAAGGGAUCCCCCAAGACCACUACUACCAAACCCCAGACUUUACUGGUUACUGCCCUGAUGCUUUCCCCCACAGCGGGCUCUGUGAAUGGGAUCUGACAGAAGACUUUGAGGCUUUCCUCGGAGAUGCACAUGGGUCCCAGCCUGUGGGCAGCCGCUGCGCUGCAGUCGCACAUCCCGGACCCAGGGAGAGCGUCCAGAUCCAGCAGGACCCCCAGAGCUUCUCCAGCACCGAGGAGUCCAUGGAGGACCUGAGCGGUCUGUGCUUUCACGACUUGGGCGACUUGAAUCUGUCAGAUUUGGACAUUUCUGCGGCAAUGAUUGAUUAUCUUUUGGGUUAAAGAAAGUUACAUAGUUAAUUACCACGUUGUAAAUAGGCGCAGCUAUAAUGGAGUAUAUUUAUAGUGAGAUUCAGCCUUGAAUAAAAGGCUUUAUCAUGUGAAUAAAAUGUAUAGAAGUAAUCAAAUAUGGUAAUUUACACACUGUAUAGUAUUAAAUGAGCCUUACAGAAUAAAACAAAUGUUAUUUUA